ACGGAUAACAGUAGUGGGUGUGAGGUGGAUUUGAACUUCAAGCCGGGGCAGAGUGGAGGAGACUCCUAGCUGAUGUCUGAGUAGACUGCGCUCGGAGGAGAGAAGAGAGCUCUGUACAGCUGGAACUAGAACGUAUAUUAGUCUGGUUCUGGAACUAGAAUCCGGGAUCUUUGGAAAGUUGAUCGAAAACUUACUUGGUGGAUAGCUGGACCCAAGGUUCUAUAGAGAUGUUACAUCUCAGGCACCUGCUCUGGCUGAUGUUUCUCUGUUCUGCUUUAGCUGAGAAAGAUCCAUCAUGGAGGAUGACGGUAGAGAAGGCAGCUCCCGUUAGUGGUUCUCUGGCAGGCAGGGUGGUGCUACCAUGCCACUUCUCCAUCACCCCCACCACACACACCUCCACACUCACCCCUAGCACCCAGGGCCCAGAGGACCAGCUGAGGAUCAAGUGGAGCAAGCUCGAGGGAGAUGCGGAGCGUGUGGUGCUGGUGGCCCAUGGAGGAGUGAUCAAGGUGGGGCAGGAGUACAGGGGAAGGGUGUCUGUGCCCAGCCACCCCCAGGAGGUAGGGGAUGCCUCGCUGAUCGUUGUCCAACUGAGGGCUAGCGACGCUGGACUCUAUCGCUGCGAAGUCAUGCAUGGGAUGGAGGACACCCAGGAUACUGUUCAUCUCAAUGUCAGUGGUGUGGUGUUUCACUACAGAUCUAGCUCUAGUCGUUACACCUUGUCCUUCCCUGGGGCCAUUGACGCGUGUCUCGCUGCCGGGGCCACCAUCGCUACAGCCGAACAGCUGACCGUCGCCUUCGAGGACGGACUGGACCAGUGUGACGCCGGAUGGAUAGCCGACCAGACUGUCAGAUACCCAAUCACGAAGCCCCGUCCUGGUUGCAUGGGCGAUAUGAAGCACAGACCUGGGAUCAGGACGUAUGGGCUCAGAGACCCUAAAGAGACCUAUGACGUCUACUGCUAUGUAGACAAACUACACGGUGAGGUGUUCUACGCCCCUGUCAGCUACAAGCUGACCCUUCGCCAGGCCAAGCAUGAGUGUGAGAGGCAGGGGGCGGUGCUCGCCUCCCCUGGUAACCUGUUUGCCGCGUGGCGUGGAGGACUGGAUCGCUGUGACUACGGCUGGCUGUCAGACGGCAGCGUCCGCUACCCCAUCUCCGUCCCCAGGCCCCAGUGUGGAGGAGGGCUGCUGGGGGUCCGGACCCUGUACCGAUUCCCUGACCAGUCAGGCUUCCCCAACCCUGUUGACAGACACGGAGCUUUCUGUUUCAAGGCUUUGCAGCAGUGCACGGUGAAUGUGUGUCUGAACAAAGCAUCUUGCUACCAGAGAGGCAACGCCAGCAUCUGUGUAUGUGCACCUGGAUACACCGGACAGCGCUGCGAGACAGAUGUUGAUGAGUGCCAGUCCAACCCGUGUGCUAAUGGAGCCACCUGUAUGGACGGAGUCAACUCCUUCAGCUGUGUGUGUCUGCCCAGCUACGCAGGACAGCUCUGUGAACAAGACACGGAGGUGUGUGAGUAUGGCUGGCAGAAGUUCGAGAGCCAUUGUUAUAAGUACGUCACCCACCGUCGGACAUGGGAUGCUGCCGAGAGAGAGUGUCGUGUCCAAGGAGCCCACCUAGCCAGUGUCCUGUCACAGGAGGAGCAGCUGUAUGUCAACCGUCUGGGCCAUGACUACCAGUGGAUCGGUCUGAACGACAAGAUGUUUGAGAGAGACUUCCGCUGGACAGACGGCAGCAUCAUGCAAUAUGAGCACUGGCGUCCCAACCAGCCAGACAGUUUCUUCCAAUCUGGAGAGGACUGUGUGGUGAUGAUCUGGCACGAGGGAGGACAGUGGAACGAUGUACCCUGCAACUACCACCUCACCUUCACCUGCAAGAAGGGCACAGUCUCUUGCAGCCAGCCCCCAUUAGUGAAGGAUGCCUGUGUGUUUGGUUCUAUGAAGCCUCGUUAUGAAAUCAACACUCUGGUUCGUUACCACUGUAAAAACGGCUUCAUACAGAGACAUGUCCCUACCAUCCGCUGCCGUGACAAUGGCCAAUGGGACAGCCCCAAGAUCACCUGUAUGAGCCCCGCUACCUACCAGAAGUCUUUCGUUUCUAGGCAACGUACCGAUAAUCACAAUCAUAACCAGAAUCAGUACAAUCACAACAAUCGAAACCAACAAUACAACAAUUAAAACAACCAAGACCAACAGAAGAACUACAACCAGCAACGUCAGGGCAGCCGUAACCAGCAGCAACAGAGCCAGAGAGAGAAGAGACAUCAACACUAAUCUGAUCUCUGCUCAGUCCUUAAAAGCGCAGAUAAGGUUGCAAAAUUCCCCAAAUUCCAAAAUUUUCCAGAAAUCCUGGUUGGAGGAUUCUGAAUUUCCUGCUUAUUCCCUCCUGAUUCCAGGACUCUUCCAACUGGGAUUUCUAUAAUUUUGAGUAAUGUACUAAUCCCAGAUCAAGUCAGAUCGGAUCAAAGGGGCUAGCUAGGGCCAGACCCAUAGACAUACAUUCAGAACUAUUUAUAAAUAUGUAUAGCUAUGGCUCUGGAUAGGGCCAUGGAGUAUUUCACAAGGCAUAAUCAUAAUCAGCAAGCUAACUCUGAUAAACUGAUAAAACACAGGUUUAAUAAACAUUGUUACACAUUGUAUUGUAUUGAGUAUUGAGUCAAUUUCAAAUUCAACUAGGACAAAUUAAGUUUCAGAAUAUUUUUGAAGUUAGUUGGCUAACUUGAUCUUGAUCUUGCUUAGCGAAAUCUCCCCAGAUCACAUCUGAUUCUUCCUACAACAACACACAGUGCCUUAAUGGUUAAUACAGCAACAGUGUCCAUCUCUAGAACAGGAGAGCUUUUCUGUGCCUGCUCUAGAGGGACACAUCUCAAUCCAAUGCUUUCUGAAAAUGUCCACUUUAUCCUGUUUCUUUUUCCUGAGAAAUAAUCCACUGAAAAGACAUAUAAAAUAUAUAUUUGUCUCACUACUAGAAUGUCUGCCUGUGCCCUGGUGACAAGUUUGCAAUUAUUCCAGUGAAAGAGACCCUAGUUUAUUAUUUGGAAUAAUGAGCAUUCACAUAAUCACAUCAGCAAGUUAUGAAGGUUUAUAUGAAUCAUUCCACAUUUUCUGCUCACAGAAUGGAAGAUAGAAGUUGAUUGUUCUCAUAUACAACCCCCCCCCCCACCUUCAGAACAGCUUCAAUUCGUCUGGGCAUGGACUCUACAAGGUGUUGAAAGCGUUCCACAUGGACGCUGGCCCAUGUUGACUCCAAUGCUUCCCACAGUUGUGUCAAGUUGGCUGGAUGUCCUUUGGGUAGUGGACCAUUAUUGAUAAAUACGGAAAACUGUUGAGUGUUAAAAGCCCAGCAGCGUUGAAGUUCUUGACACAAACCAGUGUGCCUGGCACCUACUACCAUACCCCGUUCAAAGGUACUUAAAUCUUUUGUCUUGUCCAUUCAUCCUCUGAAUGGCACACAUACACAAUCCAUGCCUCAAGGCUUAAAAAUCCUUCUUUAACCUGUCUCCUCCCCUUCAUCUACACUGAUUGAAGGGGAUUUAACAGGUGACAUCAAUAAGGGACCAUAGCUUUCACCUAUAUUCACCUGGUCAGUCUGUGUCAUGGAAAGAGCAGGUGUUCUUAGUGUUUUGUAUACUCAGUGUAGUCUUGAUUCAAUAUUGUGCAUACAGGCAGUAUGUCAUGUGAAUUCAUUUUAUGUAAAUAAAAAUUAGCCACAUGUUUAUCACUAUCUUCGGUCAAUGAAAAAGUCACUAUGAAGUGCAAUCGUUGUUCAUGACAAGUGACUGUUAACAUAUGGAGCAUAGACCUGAUAUCUGUGACAGUCACCUCCUGCAGUGGCUCUCCAGCGUAUUCAAAAACAUCAGUCAUUCCUUCAUCGUAAAGAUCAUGUUUUUAAAAGGGUGUGUUUAAAAAAAAAACAGUAUGUAUACAAUGAUAAAGAGGAAAAUAUAGAGUUUAAUGCAUGUCAGGUAUGUGGGUGGGCGUGUGCUGUGGCUAGAGACCUGACUCAUAAGAUAGAGGAUAAAAGUUAUAUAUGAAGACAUAUCCAUUUAAUUUAUUGUAUAUGUUACACCUAUGAAUGGACUGUGAUACUGUUAAAGGUCAUGAGAACUGAAGUGAUUUUUACAACAAUGACUUCUUUUGCUGUUUACAGAAAUCUGUCUUGUUGUACCUUGCAGAGAAAGUACCUUAUCUUACAUUAUGUUGCCUUUCAGUUCUUUAUGUUGCACACAACCUGUUUAGUAAAGUUAUACAAUCCAGAUAUCUGAGCUGUUACUGUGCUGGGCAGGGGGUUGACCUGUACCCAAGAAUCACCACAAACUGCUCUCAACAGAACCAACUGUACCCAAGAAUCACCACAAACUGCUCUCAACAGAACCAACUGUACCCAAGAACCACCACAAACUGCUCUCAACAGAACCAACUGUACCCAAGAACCACCACAAACUGCUCUCAACAGAACCAACUGUACCCAAGAAUCACCACAAACUGCUCUCAACAGAACCAACUGUACCCAAGAACCACCACAAACUGCUCUCAACAGAACCAACUGUACCCAAGAAUCACCACAAACUGCUCUCAACAGAACCAACUGUACCCAAGAAUCACCACAGACUGCUCUCAACAGAACCAACUGUACCCAAGAAUCACCACAAACUGCUCUCAACAGAACCAACUGUACCCAAGAAUCACCACAAACUGCUCUCAACAGAACCAACUUUGAGAAACACUCAGGUCGUGUUCCCCUGCUCAGACAAUGCAUGUAUCAACCAAUGGAUGCAUGCCAGAUCAUCGACUGCGCCGUCAGGCAUCAGAUUGCUGUAACAUAUGAAUUUGUUGGCUGAUACGUAAAAUACCUAUCCAGGCACAUCUAAGCAGAGUAACACAACCUCAAAGACACUUGAACUAUGACCUUUUAGAAAUACAAAUGAUUCCUUUUUACGUUAGGAACAUUAUUGGUCCCCAAAAAAUAGCUCAAAUACUUCUUCAGUAUAUCCUGUUACUAUCGUCCGUAAAAUAUCUGUAUAAAUCAAUUGCUCCUGAUUAAGCAUGGACAACAGUACAAAGAGGAGACUGUAUUGAAAGUUUAUCGGCUAAUAUCGCUGUUCCUCAGUUAGAGGAUUCUGCUGCAUUUGUCUUCUUUGUUUACUGCUUUCAUACAUUCUGUUUGUUUUAUCAUCCAUGUCUGUUUCUACCCAGAGAGUGUUGGGGAUACUGUAUCGGAGGAGGCAGAGGGAAUGUGACUUAUCAGAGAAUACUUAGUCUGUUUCUAUGUUAUGUUGUGUAUGUCGCCAAAGACCCACUAAUAAUGUACCCAUACACCAUCCUCUGCUCCAUCGCAACUUCUGCUGUGUGUGCAAUAAAAAUAUUAUAACAAAUUUUA